CUGUUUCAAUCAAUCAAUAAAUUAAUUCAAAAAUUAAUAAGAUUUUAAAUGAAGACGUUGAAGAAUUAGGAUACUCUCAAUCUUUCUUAAUCAUUGGAAGAUAACUAAAAUAAAAUAGAGGAAACACAUAAGCUUAUUUAACAAAUAGAGAAACAGCUUCAAACUCUUUCGUAGUAACCCUCUUUACCUCUUACUAUUCCGACAGAAACAUUAUCAUAAAACUAAACGGAUUAGAUAUUUUAAUAGCCUUUGAUUCAUUUAAAGAAUUAGCAAUUUGAACAAAGCAGCAAUAAUCCAAGAUAAAAUAUUUUAAAUUAACAAGAUAUUAUAACUACAGAUCAAGGAUAAUAUAAUCAAAAUUAUUAUGCAAAUCUACCUGAACUAGGGCAAUAAGAUUAAUAAGCUAGUAUUUAGAUGGAAUCAAAGUAGCAAAGUGCUCAUUUCUAAUAAUUCUCUCACAACAAUUCUCUUAGAAAUAAUUAGAUGCAAUUAAAUAUGAAUUAAAGUAGAGAAAUUGGUAAAAUUCGUAAUUAGAUAAGUCCCCCUUCAAGAUAGGAGAAACAAAUGAGUGUAAACGGAGCAAUUAAUUAGUCUUUAAUGAAGGAAAUAGGAAAAGAAUAUUAAACACAAGAUUUAAAAGAAUUACAAAGAGAACAUUUAUAAGAAGUAACUUUAUUAGAAUAAGCUUAUAGGAAGAAGAUUUUAGAUAUGGAGCAAAUUAUUGAAUAGUAAAAAUUGUAAUAAGAAAAGUAAUUAAUGGACAUGCAAAGUCUUCUACUAACUUUAGAAUAAAAAGAAAGCAUAAUCUCGUAACUUAAAAAUAGAUAAGUUGAAUCAUAUAAUUAGCAAAGAGUCUUCACUUAGUAUGAAUAAUAAUAAGAAAUGAUGAUUUUAGCAAAAAAGUUAGAAAUUUCAGAAAAAGAAAAGUUAGAAUUAAUGAGUCAAAAUGAAAAUUUGAAUAGACAAUAUAAGCUUGUCUUAAGUCAAAAUGAAAUUCUCUCUAAUAAGUAUAAUAGAAUACUUAAUCUUUAUCAUUAAUUAGUAGAUAAUGAUAAAGAAAAAUUAAUUCAAAUGUAAUAUGCAGAAUCUUUAAAUAAAGAGUAAUCUCUUUUUUUAUCUCCAUAAAGCAGAACUCGCCCUACUAAUAAUAAUAUUAAUUAAAUUAAUAAUAUUUCAUCUAUUUAGUAGUAUAAUAGUACACCACCAGUUAAUAGCAAUCAUUUGAAGGAUUCAAAUUUAUAAAUCCAAAAUGAAUUGGAUCUUCUAGAUGAAAUUUAUCAAUAGAGAAAUGCAGCUGUAUUUAGUAGCUUAAAUAGAAAGCCAUACUAAUUAAGUUUAUCAGGCCAAAAAAACAAUAUGUAAAACUAAGCACCAUAAUAACUAUUUUCAGUUGAACAGAUGUAUAAUAAUAAUCAAUAGUAGUUUUUAUAAUAAAAUAAUUAGCAAAGUAACUAAUAAGUUUAAAAUAAUUGCCCUUAGAAUUAACAAAACAAAUAUGCAACUAAUGUAUAAAGAAAUUCUUAAGAGAAUGAAGAUAUUUAAAAUUAAAGCUAGAGAUAAUUUUCUAGAGACAAUUCAAAUGAAGAUAUUAGCUUGCCAAUUAAAAUAUUUGAUAGAAAAGAUAACAUAAAUUAAAAAACAAGCAACCAAUUAAAAAGUCCUUCAAGAGAUCCUCAAAAAGAAAAUAAAAGUAAUCAAAGCAAAGCAAAAAAUAUUGGUGGAGACAUAAAGAAAAAUAUUUCAAACAUAAAAAAUGCUCUAGAAGAAAAUAUCCAAACUUACUAACAUCUACCUACAGAAAUUUAAUAAACGUCAAAAAGAGAAACUAUUAACGAUUUUUUAAAUUUAUCUGAAUCUGUUUAAACUAAAAAAUCUACUAAAAUAAAAAACUAGUCAGGUUUAAAUGCAACCAAAAGUACAAUUAAUAAUAAAUCAGUCAUUACCAAUAAAUCUUUAAAUAAAAGCAAAAUCAAUUAAAAAACAAAGCUUUCUAAAAAAGUGUUAAAAUGA